AAUUUGAUUAAUUAGCCGAAUUGACCUAACCUAACAAUUGCACACCCUAGAUUGCGUUGCAGUACAGUUGGGGCGGCAGCCUUUCCUCCGGUACGCAUAUUUCUGAAAAGGAAGGAGACAUAUUCUGGUCUGUGGGUCUUUCGGUGUACCAUCAUCAAGUCUGCGGUCUCUUCCCAUUUUGGAAUGAUGAUUAUCGUUCUUCCAUCCUUCAUUGUUAACGGUCUCCACAGCUCUUUCUCUCCCUUUCGGCCGUGACCAACGACUCCCCUUUUCUCUUCUUCUUCCUCCUCUGCUGCUUCCGUCUCCGUCUUCCUCACGCCUGUCGCUUCUUCUAUAUAAAGUUCAGCUCCCCAGGAGCCUACCAAAAGCGCGAGCACAAUAGCCACCAAAGGCUUUUGCUGAAACACUAGAAUUUUUGCAGAGUUAAUGGAGCCCAGAGCUAAUGGUAUGCAAGAAGAGCGGUGCCGUCCAGUUCUGGACGGACCCACCAACCCAAUGGUUACGCCUCUCCUCACGGACCAGUACCAGUUCACCAUGGCUUAUGCUUACUGGAAGGCCGGCAAGCACAACGAACGAGCCGUGUUUGAUUUAUAUUUUCGGAAGAACCCCUUUGGUGGUGAAUAUACAGUUUUUGCUGGUUUAGAGGAAUGUAUAAGAUUCAUUGCUAAUUUUAAAUUUACAGAGGAAGAAAUAUCUUUUAUCCGCUCGUCCCUGCCUUGUGAAUGCGAGGAUGGCUUCUAUGAUUAUCUUAGAGGGAUUGACUGUUCUGAUGUUGAAGUUUAUGCUAUUGCGGAGGGAACAGUUGUUUUCCCAAAGGUACCCCUGAUGAGAGUUGAAGGUCCAGUUGCUGUGGUUCAAUUGCUGGAAACACCUUUUGUGAAUCUUAUCAACUUUGCAUCUUUGGUAACCACAAAUGCUGCAAGGCAUCGAUUUGUUGCUGGGAAGUCCAAAAUUUUACUUGAAUUUGGGCUUCGACGGGCACAGGGGCCUGAUGGUGGAAUAGGGGCAUCAAGAUACUGCUAUAUUGGAGGAUUUGAUGCAACAAGCAAUGUUGCAGCUGGGAGGUUAUUUGGGAUACCACUUCGUGGAACACAUUCGCAUGCCUUUGUUAGCUCAUUUAUGAGCCCUGAUGAAAUUGUGGAGAAAUCAAUUCGUAGUUGCGAUGGCUCAAGAAUUUGUGAGGAUUUUGUAAAUCUGGUCCACACUUGGUUGAGCAAAAUUAAGUGGUCUCAUUCGUUACGUGGCAUUUUUGGUGAAACUAAUCAAAGCGAGCUAGCAGCUUUCACAUCAUAUGCUUUGGCUUUCCCUAAUAGCUUUCUCGCGCUCGUCGACACAUACGAUGUUAUGAGGAGUGGCAUUCCAAAUUUUUGUGCAGUUGCUUUAGCACUCAGUGAUUUGGGGUACAAAGCGUUAGGCAUUCGAUUGGACUCUGGUGACCUAGCAUAUUUGUCUUGUGAAGCUCGUAAAUUCUUUUGCACAAUUGAGAAAGAAUUUGGAGUGCCUGGUUUUGGAAAGAUGAUUAUUACUGCUAGCAAUGACCUCAAUGAGGAAACUUUAGAUGCUUUGAACAAGCAGGGUCAUGAAGUAGAUGCAUUUGGAAUUGGAACCUAUCUGGUCACAUGCUAUACUCAAGCAGCAUUAGGCUGUGUCUUCAAGCUUGUUGAGAUAAAUAAUCAACCUCGUAUCAAACUUUCUGAAGAUGUUACAAAGGUCUCCAUUCCAUGUAAAAAACGGUGUUACAGAUUGUACGGGAGGGAAGGUUACCCAUUGGUAGACAUUAUGACGGGGGAAAAUGAACCACUACCAAAGAUGGCAGAACGGAUUCUGUGUCGUCACCCUUUCAAUGAAUCUAAGCGAGCAUAUGUGGUGCCUCAGCAUGUUGAGGAGCUCCUGAAGUGUUAUUGGCCUGGAAGCCCAGAUAAACCAAGAGAGGAGUUACCCCCACUCAAGGAUAUCAGGGAUCGUUGCAUCAAACAGCUAGAACAAAUGCGGCCUGACCACAUGAGGAGAUUGAACCCAACACCCUACAAGGUGAGUGUAAGUGCGAAGUUGUACGAGUUCAUUCAUUUCCUGUGGCUCAAUGAGGCACCUGUUGGGGAGUUGGAGUGAGCAUGUGUGGAUUAGAUGAGUCGCAUGGGGCACCAUUCCAAAUGGAAGGCAAGUAAUGAUUCCAAUAAAAUUGGAGCUUUGGAAAAGAAAAAAUGUCAGCACUACAGGUGUUAAAUUCUAAUAAGUAUUUGUGGUUGAGCUUUUGAAGCCAUUACUCUUAUAUUUUUUAACUUAAUAUAAUAAUAAGUUGCUUUGCCUUUCCGCUCGUGUUUCCCAUGAAUCUCAUCCAAAUUAUUGUGGAAUAUCUACGGAUGGCAUUGGCUGCUCUACAUGUAUGAAUUACGUUUAUUUUGUGGAAAAUCACGUAAUAGAAAAUAUUUUUUUCCAAAGUUUUUAAUGGAAAA